GUUCUGCACUUCCUGCCAAAUAGUUGUCCCUAACAACCCAAGCGCUUCACUGUAGUGUAAAAUUUCAGCCCGGAGGAUAUUUAGCUUAGCUUAAAGCUAACUCCUCGACUCGAGCGACUCGCUAUGAUGGGCCUGAGUAGGUCCAGGAGCAGCAGCAGAGCGUGAGCCAAUACACACAUCAGGACACGCCGUGCCGUCCUCACGCACACACCGUCAUGGAGGAGCCACAGGAGGCACCGGAGCUCCCGGCAAAGAAAGCCAGGCACGACCCAGAAGUCAGUCAGGAAGAAGAUGCAAGAGCCGAAGUUGCUCAUGACAACAGGCCAGAUGUUUUAGGCUCCGAAGUCACCACUUAUGCUCCAUCAUCGUCAGCUGCUCACCUAGAUUCUGUUCCAGGGGAUCAAGAACAUUCAAAUCAACACAUAUCAGGCUGUGACUCAGACCGAUCCUAUACUAAAGUGGAGACGUGUAAAGAUCUCACCGCUACAGAAUCUGAAUAUACCUCACAGAUCUACCAAGGAAACAACCCUGCAGUUACUGCAUACGACAGCCAGGUGGCGUUUUCCUCUCUGGGUCAGUCAGCAGCGUACAGCACCUUUAGCCAGACGGGUCAAACCUACGGCCUGCCUCCAUUUGGUGCCAUGUGGCCGGGCAUUAAGAGCGAGCCCAGGCUACAGGACGUGUCCGCUGCUGGCCAGACGCCGUUUCUCAGCUUCAGCACAGCUUAUACUUCAACUCAGCCGUGUCAGACCCACUACUCGUACCCCAGCCAAGGUUCCUGCUUCACUACGUCCAGUGUGUACUCCAACAUCCCCACGGCCCCCGCUGUCACCACAGCCACCGCCACACAUCAAGAUUUCUCCAGCUAUAAUUCACUGGGACAGAACCAGUUCUCCCAAUAUUAUGUCCCUCCCAAUAGUUACCUCCCACCUGCUCCUCCCAGCAGUGACGCGGACGGAGACAACGUCUCAGUGCCGCCUUACACGCCCGUAAAGACUGAGACUAGUGCCUCCACAGGACUGCCCAGCUCCACAGCUGCGUCUCCGGCCAACGUUACCCUCCCUGCGGGCACGGCUCAGGACGAAGCUGCCCGCAGAAAUGCUCCGCCCAAAGCAAAAGGCAAAGGAAAGAAAUCGGACAGCGGUCAGUCUACAGACAACGACCUGGAGCGAAUCUUCUUAUGGGAUCUGGAUGAAACCAUUAUCAUUUUCCACUCCCUUCUCACGGGGUCGUUUGCGCAAAAGUUCAGCAAGGAUCCAGCCACGGUGCUCAAUCUGGGUCUGCAGAUGGAGGAGCUGAUCUUCGAGCUAGCAGACACACAUCUGUUCUUCAAUGAUCUGGAGGAGUGUGAUCAAGUCCACGUGGAAGACGUUUCCUCUGAUGACAACGGGCAAGAUUUGAGCAACUAUAACUUUGCUAAUGAUGCGUUUAACGGAACGAGUGGAGCAGGAGGGCAAAGCUCCAAUCCAGCAGUGCAAGGUGGAGUGGACUGGAUGCGCAAGCUGGCCUUUCGGUACCGCCGUCUUAAAGAGAUCUACAACGGAUACAAAGGGAACGUAGGAGCUCUGCUGAGUCCCCUGAAGAGGGAGCUGUUGCUGCGUGUGCGCAGUGACAUCGAGACUGUGACGGACAGCUGGCUCAGCACCGCCAUCAAAUCCCUCCUACUGAUCCAGUCCAGGGGCAGAUGUAUGAAUGUUCUGGUCACCACCACUCAGCUGGUUCCUGCUCUGGCUAAAGUGCUCCUGUACGGCCUUGGGGACGUUUUCCCCAUCGACAACAUCUACAGCGCCACCAAGAUCGGAAAGGAAAGCUGCUUCGAGCGCAUCGUGUCACGUUUCGGAAAGAAAGUGACCUACGUGGUUAUAGGAGACGGCCGCGAGGAGGAGUUUGCAGCUAAGCAGCACAACAUGCCAUUCUGGCGGAUCUCUUCUCACGGUGACCUGGUGGCUCUACACCAAGCUCUGGAGCUGGACUUCUUAUAGAUCACAUACCCAGGCUCUCUCUCUCUCUCUCUCUCUCUCUCUCUCUCCCCAUUCACUUUCUCCCUCUCUCUCUUCCUGUAUCUCUCUCUCCCACACACACACACACACACACACACACACACACACAGAUCAUGUUAAGGACACCUGAUGAAGCUGGGAGAACAGAAGAAGAGUUUGAGCCUGCAGGGAAUCCUUCCACUACCUUUAAGGCAGCUAAAAACCCCGGGCACGAGCCUGGCACUGCGGUCAUAUCUUCAGAUAUACACAAGGAUGAUGAGAAAUCUCUGACCCUGGCCCUCGUACUGCCAGCCCUCUGCAAAAGCACUGCGUGUUUAUAAGCAUUUCUCUUCAAACUGGAGUCACCAAAGGAAAAGACCAAAGCUCUGCACUGGCAUAAGAUUUUUUUUGGAUGUUUUUGUCAACUUUUAGUUUUUUUUUUUCCCCCUGAUCCUGAUUAUUUUUGCUGAAAGUGGACAUUUGUUUCUGUUUUGCACUCCUAGAGGACCGGACUGAUGGCAGAGCCUGAAUGUGGAACAGCAGAUUUCUUUCCUUCUUUCUUUUUUAAGUGCAUUAACAUUUUAUCGAUCCAUCCGUCUCGAGUAGAAUGACUCGGAGAUUCAGCACAGCUGGAUUCAUACCAUUCGUUUGUUCUCGUAGCAGGAUUUUCAUGCCUCUUUUUAACCCAUAAUCCUUUGCACCUGAAGUCAGAAGAAAUCUGAAAGGCAUCAUAAACCUGAUGAUGGCAAUCCUUCCUUUCUUUCUUUCUUUUCUUUUUUUUCUUAAUACCUGUGUUCACACGGUACUUGAGUGUGUUUGCCUUUUCCCUGUGCCGUGUGUGUGUGUGUGUGUGUAAUCAGAUGUUCAGUCUCAAACCCUGUUGAUUAUAAACACACUAGGAAACGAUUCAGCUGUCAGUGUAAUUUAAUGGCAGGCCAUUAAAGGAAUACUGCAGCGCU